AUGAGUGAUUUUUUUAUGCCUAAUAGAAGCGAGAUAGCUCAAUACUUUUAGAGUGGGUUAGGGAAUCUGUAAGACAAGUAUACCUUUUUAUUAUUCAUAAGUCUCUGCUCAAAUUUUGGACCAUAUGGAGGAGGAAGUCUUAUCUAAAAUUCUGGGUUUCUAGUUUAACCAGAUUAAUAUUGUUCUUCGGUAGGUUUGGAAGAAAGUGCCACUCCUAUUUAAAUUUAUGAAUUCCAUGAACCUGAGUUUUAGAAGCCUAUCUUAUUUAGGAGCAGCGGAAAUUUAGAAAUGCAAUCUGAAGAAUUUGGAAUAGACAGACUGAAUUGUUAAGUCAAAACACUUGAAGAUUUCAAAGAAUACAAAAAUCCAUUACAAGACAGUGGGUUUAGGAGUAACGAACCAUCAUUUUAGGAAUUCAAUAUAUAUAUAAGUAAUUUAUUAGAUAGCUUAUCUUAUUUAGAAUCUGAAUAAUAAAUCAAUUCUCAAUUCAAGCCAGAUAUAACGUAUUUUGAUAAUCAAAAUAUUAUCUCAGAGAACAAAAGUCUAUUUAAUGUCAAUUAAGCAAAAAGUAUUUACAAAAAGAAAAUCACUCUGUUAGCUGAUCAAACAUAGAAAAAAAUUGAUUUAACUAUAAAAACUUCAUCAAGACAAACGAAGAACUAAAUAAAAUUGUAGAGAAAAUCAUCAAUUAUUCCUAACGAUCAAAUUGAAAUGUAAUCAUGUCAAAUGACUGGUGAUGAAAAUAUCGAUUCAGUUUAAUAGAAAUUAGCAAAGAAUAGAGAAUCCGCUAGAAAUUCAAGAGCCAGAAAGAAACUAUAUUAUGAACUCUUGGAAACUAAAGUCAAAGAAUUGCAAGAGGAAAUUUAAAGAUUAAAGGAAUCUAAUUAGGCAAGAAUUUGCAAUAAAAUAGAGGAGAAUUUUUAAACUUUUUUAGAAUAAUAAUAAUAAUUAUUUGAUAAAUUAGAAACUUGCCUACUUAAAAAUAAAGAAAAUUUUGAAAUUGAAAUUAUUUUAGAUGCCUUAAGAUAUAGAACUAAUUCAAACAUUUAAGAACGCAAGGAUGCUGCUAGAUAAUACUGUGAAUCUAUGAUUGAAGCAUACCUGCCAAUCUAAACUAAAUAUUUGAUAUACUCCUUAGAAAAUAAUAAAGAUUUCUUUGCAUUAUAAUCAGAGGAUUAUACAGAUUGGAUGAAAGAGACCUUCAAAAAAUUACAAAUUUAGCCUGAUCAAAUUAAAAAAGUUAGAAGAAUAAAAUCAAAAUUAUAGAGUGUCACAAAUAAUAUUUCCGAGUAUAAUUACACAUUCAAAUUUAGUUCGAUAUAAAAAAUUCAAGAUCAAUUAAAAGUAAUUCAAAGUGAAGCCAUUUAGGUUGACUUAAUGUGGGAAUAACUUAAAGAGCAUUUAACUCCUGUUCAACUAGGAAAAUGUAUUUUAACAAUGAAAUAAAAUUCUUUUCGUUAAGAACUCAAAACCUCAUCCCUGUUUCCUCAAUUAAAGAAUCAUUAAUUGAGGGAAGAGGACAAAAUAAUUUAAAGGUAGGAUCAAUCUCCAAUUCCGAAAAACAGGAAACGCAUUAAACAAACUAUAUAAUGA